ACAUUAUCUUUAACAUGUGUACUGAGUGAAUACUGAAUGAAUGGAGCUCAGCUUUGGAGCUAUUUCUCUGAGCUCCCCAGCCUCAACUCAGUGUUAUGCAUUGUGCUGUUGCGAAUGGACGUCGGAUUCGAAAUUUUACCAAAGCUCGAGUGGCAUUUUGUGUUAUUUUAUGGUUUAUUCACGGUUAUCAUUGGAUUAAGCUGUGCUCAAGUUGCGUAUGUAGAGGAUGCUGACAUUGAUAAGCAGAAAAGUAAUCUGGAGGGUCGCAAGCCGCUAUACUCGCCCGCUCGCUGCGCCCGCUACCAGCUUCUUUACCCUGGAGAUCAGCUGAAUGACUGGAUAUGCGAUUGCGCACCAGCGGCUCUUUAUCAUCCAGAAAGCGAUGCCUGUUAUCCAGCAUAUAGGCAAGGGCCGUGUAACGAUAGCCAGAUAUUAGUAUUGUACAAAGAGAAAGUUAUACCCGAAUGCGUUAAUAAUCCAUGUCGGCAGGAUGGCCAUUUUCUGAUACGCGACACGUGCUUCGAGUUCGGCAGCAUGAAUCAAAGUAAAAAUCCCUGUCCCAAAAAGGAAUACACCUAUGUGCUGGGCGUUAAUCCAAGAACUCUCAUGGUGGAUUGUGUGCAGCUCUCGACUCAGCUGGAAACGCGCAUAUCCUUAGACGAGCCCAACAACUCAGUUGCUCCGCCAGAAUACCACAUUGACUUGGCGAAGAAAUGUGGGCGCGGAAGCCGGCUAUUUGCUCAAGGCCGCUGCACGGCUACUCCAUGAAAGUGGGUCAGGUCAAUAAAAUACUUAACAUGAAUUUAAAACAUUUUAGCUUAAAGCAACAAUAACAACUACUUAAAUAUGUA